CACCCACAUUGCAUUUUUAUUUCUUUUUACUACUGUAGCUGCCGAGAUCGAUCCCAUGGGUGCUAUCUGUCUCAAAGACGACGAAAAGCGGCAUGCCGAGUCGCACGACACAGCGUAUGAUGGCAAUGCCCGUGAGCAUAUCUCGGGAGAGCUGAUUCUUUCGGCUGCAGAGCAGGAAUCGCGGCGCCGGUACCUGCGCAAAGUGGAUACCCGCCUGAUGCCGCUGGCCUUCCUAAUGUACUUUCUGUGUGUCCUGGACAGAAACGGGAUCGGAAAUGCCAAGGUCGCCGGCCUGGACACAGCAGUGGGAUUGCAUGGCAGUCAGUUCAACUGGGUAUCGUCGGUGUUCUUCAUCACCUACAUUAUCUUUGAGAUCCCAGCCAACAUCCUGCUGAAGCGGUUUUCGGGCAAGGUCUUCAUUCCGAUUAUCGUGGGCUGCUGGUCAGCGAUUCUCUUAUGCAUGGUUGCUGCCCGCUCGUAUGCGUCGCUCAUUGCGCUGCGCCUUUUGAUGGGCGUUGCUGAAGCCGGUUUUGUGCCGGGAUUUAUCUACUACUCGACUUUUUGGUACACGCGCAAGGAGCAGGCACCGCGUCUAGCCAUCUUUUAUUCGGCCGGCAUGUUCUCGGGUAUUGUCGCCGGUCCCAUCGCCUCAGGGCUCAGCAGCAUCCGCGGCUCACUCGAUAGCUACCAGUACAUCUUCCUGGUCGAAGGCUGCGUGUCUGUCUGUGUUGCCGUGCUGGCAUACCUAGUGAUGCCCGACUAUCCUGAGACAGCAAAGUUCUUGACCCUGGACGAGCGCAACGUGGCAAUGCGGCAGCUGGGCCAUGAGCGCGCGCUGGCAUCAAAGACCAAAAUUUCGCCAGUGCAGAUUGUCACAGCGCUGGUUGACUGGAAGCUGUGGAUGUAUGCGCUGAUGUUCUGGGCAUGCACAACCGGCGGUGCCUCACAGGCGAUCUUUGGCCCAACUCUGAUCAAGGCCAUGGGCUAUACUGCCACCAAGGCGCAGAUGAUGUCGGCAAUUCCCAGCGCCUGUGGCUUUGUUGGCCAGCUGCUGUCGUCGGUGCUGACAAUCCACUACCGGCAUAUCAGCGUUCUGAUCAGCAUAGCCGCUGCCAUCUCAUGUGCGUACCAUCUGCGCUUCGCCUUUCUGUGCCUUGCCCAGUUUGGAUUGGCGCCAAUUCUGCCCUGGUCGACACUGUGGAUGACCAGCAAUACACUGGGAAUCACAAAGCGCGGUGCUGGCUCUGCUCUGACGGUGAUGCUAGGCGGAAUCGCUGGAAUCGUGUCGUCGCAAAUCUACCGCGAAAAGGAUGCACCGUACUACCGGUUCGGCCAUUGGUUCAACUGUGCAUGCGAAGGGCUGAUUGUCGUGUGGGCGGUCGGUCUUAGCAUGUAUUUCUGGUCCGAGAACCGUCGGCGGGAGCAAGCAAAUGUCGACAUUUCCAAACUGAGCGACAGCGAGAUCGACGACUUGUGCGAUAACCACCCGAACCACAGAUACGUUUAUUAGUGCCUUUAUUCAAUAGAAUCUGCUAGUCUG